UGAUCCGUCCACGUUAUUUACCACGAACGAAGGUUGGGAAUUGAUGCGAAACGGAUGGAAGAAAGUGCAAAUAUACUCGUGCACGCAACGAGGCUCACUUGAACAUUCUACGAUCCAACAUUUACACUGUCAAUUUAAUUUCAAUUAACGCGUUUGAUAUCUUUGCAUAUUUUCCUUUCGUCAAACCCACUUCACCCCCGACCUUAAAUAUUUUUCCAGAGGAUUAAUCGAUUGCAAAUGGGAGGCAAAAUUGGUGAACGUUCCUCGGAAGAAGCGGAAGGAAUAUUAUCCAUUUUACGUCGACUACGACUCGAAUCACACUUCACCGGGCCAAUUUGAAAUCGUUCGCGUGUAUUUCAAGCCUCGAAAGACGGUAGGAAUGAAAGAAAAAAAAAAAAAGAACGAUAAAGUAUGCAAAUUUUUUAUGCAAGGAAUUCCCUUUUCAAAAAAAUGUUCAUCGUUUCACGCAGUGCUACAUAGAAACGAAAUUGAACAUAAUCGUGGACAUGAGCCUCGAAAUACCUGUUGUCUCGCUGACCGGACGUGGAAUCGAAAAGAGUUUAAAUAUAAUCAAAUCCAACAUUGAAUUCAAUCCCGUUAUUCCGUUUACCGUAAUCCAGGAAAUUGUUUUCACGAUUGAAAAUACGUGCCAUUAUCCCGUGGAGUUCUUUUGGCACCAUUUGGACGAAAAUUUUCAAUUGGAGGAAGACAUAAAUAAAGCUCUGUUGCAAUACUACAAUAUGAAGGAAAUACUGCUGCCUCUAAAGAAGCCUGGCGACCCGAUACCGUGGCAAUUGAUAAAAUUUUACAAAGAGAUAUUGAACGAAAUGGCCCAGACGUUAAUUACGGACAAGAUGGAGGAAGAGGACCGAUUUGACGAGGAAUCUCUCACCUUCGAGAACAAUGCGAACGAGAUGAACGCGACGAAGAAGAACGAAAAGAGGGAGUACAAGUCAGGGAAGAAGAGAAAGAAACGGAGAGCGAAUCAAUUCGCGCAGGGGAGGAAAACGAGCGUUCGUGGAUCUAGUCGUCGUCGAAAGAAAAACGAGAUUACCAGCGAUUUGUCCACCACGGAUUCGGAAAGGAAAAAUUGCCCUACCUUCUCAAUUUUUGAUGAAACCCUGCUGAACGAUGUCCCCCUACCCACGACCGAUCCCGAGGAAAUUCAACGUCUUCUCUUCUGUUACAUCGACAAUCUCCAUAAGAAUCCAGACUUACGGUCCAAAAUGAAGGAUCCGGUGAAGAAACUUUUCGAGAGCAUGGAGAAAAAACCGGAAAUCGAUAUUCCAGAUUUGGAAAAGAGAUUGCCCGAGAAGAGAGUCUGCAUCAUUUUCCAUGGAGCUCCUUUCACGGAGUAUCAGGAGACCGCGUGCAGAAGCGCCAACGCCUUGGGAAUCCCUGUUCUCGAUAUCGAUAAAGGGAUCACCGAAAUAAUUGCGUUCAACAAGAGCACAUGCGCGAUCCAGCUUCGACAGAUCAUCGACGACGUCUAUCAAAAAUACAUCGAGGCUUUUGGGAAAUGGAAGCAACGUUCGGAGCAGGAGAGCACCGAGGUCGAAUCAGAAUCGAGCAAAAAGACGUCGACCAAGGAAACUUCGAGUAGAAAAAAGAUUUCUCGGAAAGAGAAAUCGUUAGGAGCGAAAAGUUCGUCGAAAAGGAAUACGUCGCCGAUAUCUGGUCCAAAAGAAGUGUCGAUAUUGCAAGAGGCGAUCAUUCGGCUGCCCUCGGAUCCCGAUCCGAUGACGGAGUUUUCUAAAAUUCCGCCCAGCGAGAAAUUGGAGUUGCUCGAACCUUUGACCAGAUACGAGUACAAGAUUCAAGCUAUUUUAUUGCUCGAGAAAAUACUCGAUCUUCAUGAAUCGCCCAAAGUCAAAGGGAAGAGUCCGAGAAAAAGGGAGGAAAACGUUUCUUUCUCGUUCCAUGACAUCGACCUCGAACUGAUAGCCGAAGUUCUUCAACAAAGAUUGGCUUCGGAGGAUUUCAAGCGAGGUUUCGUCGUGCAAAGUUUGAAGAGCAAUUUCUUCCAAAAUAACGCGUUGGAGGCUUUGCUCGCUAUAUUACGGAUCGUCGGUUACAUCGAAUACUUCCUAUUCGUCACGUUUCUCAACUCGAUGAGUUGCUACGACAACAAAGUCGAGCAACGCACGAAACAAAUCGAGAAAGAAAUGCCCGAUCCCAAGAAAAGGAUACGAGAAAUCGACGAGAUGUCGGCAUCCGAAUACGAUCAACUUUCCGACGAGGAUAAGAAGAUGUAUAUGGAGGCCGUUCUGCCCCGUAAAAAGGAGGAAGCUGCGCGUAGACGAACUCGAUUUAUGGAACGAAUAAUGGAACGUAUAAAGAAAAAGGAAGUUUCGAAGAUAAAGAUAUCUAAACGGAUAUCGAAACGGAACACGAAAAUGCCGAAGACGAUAAAAGAAGUUAGCAAAAACUCGAAGAUAACCUCCAGCAAACAAGAGACGAGAAGUAAAGUAACGAGAAGUAGAGACAGUUCGAAACGAAGAAACAUCUCCUACAACCAAGUCUAAAAUUCCACGAAGCGGUAGAUCCAAAGACGUGGGUCCUUCGGACGGUUUUACGGGGAUACAAGAGGUGCCCCUUAAUAAUUUCCACGUGUGGUACGUGAAAUCGAACGAUCCUUGGGAGAGGACGAUGUACGACCUGGUCGUUUCUCAAAUGGGCGAGAACACGUUGGCAAAGCUUGCCAUUCGUAAGUU